UGUGUGCUGUUUUUUUUUUUAGUUUUACUUUUUUGGUUUUUCACUCUUUUUUGUUAAACAAGGUCAGCUCUCUCAGACAUGGAAGCCGGCUUCUCUCAUUAUUUCAUUCAGAUUCCCACCAUCUUUCUUUGACUGUGUUUGUAGUUGUUGUUGUUGUUAUAUUAUAUUGUUUUUUGUUGAGUUGAAAAAAAAAAAAAAAAAAGAAAAGGAAAGAACCAUGAGAGCCUGUCAUAUCUGGUUUCUAAGGUUGUCAUCAAGUUCAUUACAGCUGAGCUUAUAAUGUUUUCCCAAGAUUUAUUCAUAAUGAUUGAUUGACCUUCCCCAUUUGCAAUAAAACUGUCUGCGAACCCUCAAAAGCCUAUACACAGUUCAUUUUUGCCUCUCUUAAAGGGGAACCGCAUCUGGGUCUCUCUCAAUUACAGUCAUUUCAUCAAAGUUUCAAGCUUUCAUUUUUCUUCCUGAUGAUGGGUUGUAGAGUUAGAGAGGUAGAACUUCUCAUCUGGGUUUGGUUAGUUUUGUGUUUAUUAUGCCUUUGUAUUGGAUUUACUCCAACAGAUAAUUACCUCAUAGACUGUGGAUCAUCCUCAGAUACUAAAGUUGGUAGCCGUGUUUUUGUAUCUGAUAAGUCUGGUUUAAAGUAUUUAUCAACCUCUCAAGAUGUUCUUGCAAAAACCAACUUGAAAUCAAUCACUUCUUCUAGUGAUUCUCCCCUUUAUCAAACAGCUAGAGUCUUUACUGAAACCUCACAAUACACUUUCUCUGUCACCCCAAAUGAAAGACUCUGGAUCCGCCUUUAUUUCUUUCCAUUUGUUUACAAUUCUUACAACUUGAACACAGCAAAAUUUGCUGUUUCAACAGAAAACCAUGUCCUUCUAAACCAUUUCAGUGCUUCUGGUGCUUCUGUGAAAGAAUUUUCAGUAAAUACAACCUCUAAUAGUCUUGUUAUCACCUUAACACCUUUAGAGAAUUCCUUUGCCUUCUUGAAUGCUAUAGAGGUUGUUUCAGUCCCUGAUUUGCUUAUAACAGAUGAUGCCAACACAGCUGAUACAAGGCAAGAUUUUAAUGGUUUGACCUCUUUGGCUUUGGAGACUGUUGCCAGGGUUAACAUGGGUGGCUCAAUGGUGUCAUUUGAUAAUGAUACCCUUUGGAGAACUUGGGUUCCUGAUCAGAGUUUUCUUGUAACCAAAAAUGGUGUAAGAAAUGUCUCAAAUAUUAAGGCUGUCAAGUAUACUGAUGGUUUGGCAACCCCUGAUACUGCUCCAAGUUCAGUCUAUGGAACAGCAACAGCCAUGGCUGCUGAAAAUGAUCCACACAACAAUUACAAUGUGACUUGGGUGUUCAAGGUGGAACCGGGAUUUCGUUACUUCAUAAGGUUUCACUUUUGUGAUAUAGUUAGUUCUUCACCUAAUUCACUCUAUUUCAAUGUGUAUGUGGAUUCUUGGAAUGUUGCUCCUAAUCUUGAUCUCACUGGUGCUGCAUUUAAUGUUUUGGCUACUGCAAUUUAUUCGGAUUUCGUUACACUUCCAGCACCUAGCAAUAAUCUUAGUGUGAGUAUUGGACCUUCAACUUUACCUGAUGUUGACCCCAAUGGCAUUUUGAAUGGAUUGGAGAUCAUGAAAAUGAGCAAUUCCAAGGGAAGUCUCAGUAAUUCUGACUUUUCUCCUUCGGGUUCGAGCUCAAAGAAGAAUGUAGGAUUAAUUGUUGGUGUGAGUGUAGGAGCUUUUGUUGUAGUGAUAUUUGCUUUGGUUUUCUUUCUCUUGUGUAGAAGAAGGAGAAGAAUGGCUGAACAAGGCCACUCCAAGACAUGGAUUCCUUUAUCCAUUAAUGGUUCCCACACCAUGGGAAGUAAAUAUUCCACUAGAACAACCACUAGUAUUGCUUCCAACCAUGGUUAUCGAAUUCCCUUUAAUGCACUUCAAGAGGCUACACACAGUUUUGAUGAGAAUUGGGUUAUUGGUAUUGGUGGUUUUGGGAAGGUUUACAAAGGUGUUUUGAGUGAUGGGACUAAAGUGGCUGUUAAGAGAGGAAAUCCAAAAUCACAACAAGGGCUUGCUGAGUUCCAAACCGAAAUUGAGAUGCUUUCUCAGUUUCGUCAUCGCCAUCUUGUUUCAUUGAUUGGAUACUGUGAUGAGAAGAAUGAGAUGAUCUUGGUUUAUGAAUACAUGGAGAACGGGACACUGAAGAGUCAUCUGUACGGUUCCGGUCUUCCAAGUUUAAGUUGGAAACAAAGGCUUGAAAUAUGCAUUGGUGCAGCUAGAGGACUCCAUUACCUUCACACUGGCUAUGCUAAAGCAGUUAUUCACCGCGAUGUGAAGUCUGCAAACAUUUUGGUUGAUGAAAAUCUCAUGGCCAAAGUUGCUGAUUUCGGUCUUUCCAAAGCAGGGCCAGAAAUUGAUCAAACUCAUGUGAGUACUGCAGUGAAAGGGAGUUUUGGGUACCUUGAUCCCGAAUAUUUCAGAAGGCAACAACUAACAGAAAAAUCAGAUGUUUAUUCAUUUGGGGUGGUUUUGUUUGAAGUCCUUUGUGCAAGGCCAGUGAUAGAUCCAACACUCCCAAGAGAAAUGGUCAAUUUAGCUGAAUGGGCAAUGAAAUGGCAAACAAAAGGGCAAUUGGAUCAAAUCAUAGACUCUACUCUUGUAGGAAAGAUUAGACCAGAUUCACUCAGAAAGUUUGCUGAAACAGCAGAGAAAUGCCUUGCUGACUAUGGUGUUGAUAGGCCUUCAAUGGGAGAUGUAUUGUGGAAUUUGGAAUAUGCUCUUCAACUUCAAGAGGCAGUAAUUCUUGGUGAUCCUGAAGAAAACAGUACCAAUGUGAUCGGGGAGCUCUCCCCACAAGUUAACAACUUCACCAACCUCGACACAACUGUUUCAGGCGUUGAAAUGACCGGUGUGGAUGAUCUUUCGGGUGUUUCCAUGAGCAGGGUGUUCUCCCAGCUGGUCAAAUCUGAGGGCAGGUGACUGAGUCCUACCAAGUACAAAAAUAUGUCAUCCUCCUCACCCCAAGGGAUAACUACACUUCUGUGGCUUGUCCACUGAUCAACAUCAAACAGUAGAUAAGAUCAAUUUCUUUGGGGGGUAAGAUGAAAAAGACUAUUUCUUUGUUAUAUGUUAAAAUUAAGGUGAAAAAGUUUCUUGAGUUCUCUUUUGUACAGAAGGGAUGGUGGGGUGUAGUGAGUUUUGGCCAAUUCAAUUACAAGACUGUUAGCUAACACUUUUGUGUUGUCUUAUUAUUAUUAUUAUUACUAAAUAUUGAAGUAGAUUUUGUGAGAACUGGAUCUUUUCAUGUGUGAGAAGAAAAUUUGUGUAAUUGGUAUUUGAUAACAUUGGUUUAAGGAUAUUGUAUAAGUUUUAUCUUCAUUUAUAUAUAUAUAUGCUCUGUUGGUUCAUCUAAAA